CAGCAGUUCAGGAAGAUGGUAGAAAGCCGUAAGACCUUUAACUUCCAUUCCCAGCAGAAGAUCGCAAACCAGCACAAGGAAAUCAAGACCUUGCAAGAGGAGCAGAAUGAGAUCACCCUGAUUCUGAGUCUCAUAAAGUCCUCAAGGAACUUGAACCUGAAUGAGAAAAACUACAUGGAGCUGCGCUUCCUGCUGCAAACCAAGGAGGACUAUGAAUCCUUGAUUAGAUCGAUGAAAAUUCUGUUGGCUGAACUGGAUGAGAAGAUUGCUCAAAUGGAAAAGAAAGUUAUGAACCAAAAACAGAUCUUCACAAAAAUACAGGAGGCCAAUAACCACCGGAAACUGCAAAAACAGAUCCAUGUUUUGGAAACUCGAUUGAAUCUUGUCACCGUCCACUUUGACAAGAUGCUGACCACCAACGCCAAGCUACGGAAGGAGAUUGAGGACCUACGGUUUGAGAAGGGCGCUUAUGACAACGUCUACCAGCAGCUCCGCCGGCGCCUGUCAAUGCAGAAGAGAACCAUGAACGUGGCCAUCGAGCAGUCCGCUCAGGCCUAUGAGCAGAGGCUGGAAGCCAUGGUGCGAAUGGCUGCCAUGAAGGACCGCCAGCAGAAGGACAUCUCCCAGUACAACCUGGAGAUCCGAGAGCUGGAACGCCUCUAUGCCCAUGAGACCAAGCUCAAGUCCUUCCUACUUGUCAAGCUGAAUGACCGCGAGUCCGAGGAGCAGGCCAGAAGGGAAGAUAUCAAGUCAAAGAAGCAUGGGAAGAAGACCAACGGGGAGAGCUUUGAGAGCUACGAGGUGGCCCACCUCCGGCUGCUGAAGCUGUCUGAAGAUGGGAACCUGAACAAACUCAUUGAGGAAUUCCUGGCCAAGGAGGAGAAGAACUUUGCUCGGUUCACCUAUGUCACGGAGCUCAACAAUGACAUGGAGAUGAUGCACAAGAAGACCGAGAGGAUCCAGAACGAGAUCAUCCUUUUGCGAUCCCAGCAGAAAUCGUCCCAUGAUGACAGCCACUCGGUCCUGAAGCAGCUGGAGGAGAAACUGAAGAAAACCACGGAGGAGGCAGAUAUCUAUGAGAAUAGCUACAAGGAGAACAGCAAGACCUUGGAUCAUCUCAAGACCUCGGUGGAAAAGCUAUUUAAGAAGAUGAACUGUGACGCCACCAAGAUCCUGGUGCAGUUAGGGGAGACGGGGAAAGUCACUGAUACCAACUUACCGCAGUAUUUUGCCAUUAUUGAAAAGAAGACCAACGACCUUCUGCUGUUAGAGUCCUACAAGCGGGUCCUGGAUAUAGAAGGGGCAGAGACGGAUAUCCCACCCCCCUUCAUCAACCCUUUCUGGGGCGGCUCUGUCCUCCUCAAGCCUACAGAGACCACCAAGGUCAUCCCCCCGGUGCUGAGCUCUGACAUCUUGAGUGACAGGUUGGAUGAAAUUGACCAGCCCCUGGACCACGGCAGCCUCCGGCAGCUGGUGCUCGAGAACUACAGGGCCAGAGAGUCCCGGACCAAGGAUUCUCACGUGGAAAGUUUACCCGAAAAGGGAGACGAUCUGAGGUCCAAGAAGUUAGUCUGA